AUGGUAUUACCAACCAUUCGACUUCUGAUCGAUUGUACACAACGUUGGUCUCUUUUACAAAAAAAUCCUAAACUUUCAGUAUCUAAUCUACAAUCCAUCAUUGGACAAAUUCCAACUGGUGGUUUUCUUCCUAUGUAUUUUCAUGCACAAAAUGCUGCUAUUUUGAUCGAAAUUGAUCAUAACAACAGCAAUCAAUCAUUAAUUUCUUCUUGGCAAGUUCUAUUACCAACUGAUACAAUUGUAUCUUCUAUUCAACCGCAACUAUCCUGUUUUCCAGUAACAACUUAUAGAUUAUCUGAUCGUUCUUAUCUAACUUCAACGGUACAUUGUGAAUUAUUAAUAGACUUCAUGAAAAAUACGAUUGAAUAUCCAAAAUCUUAUAAAGCCUCUCGUGAAAUAAUGGAAACAAAAGAUGUACCUGUAUCACAUUAUGUAUGUCAGUGGUGGAUUCAACGAUUUCCAGAAAUAACCAUCGAAAAUAGCUCUCAUACAUUAGUUCAAUUCAAUAAAAAGCAUCGUGAUCAAGUUAGAUGGAACAAUGGACAAUUACCUUUUCGACGUUCAGGUUUAUGGAUGACGAUCAAGGUGAUUUUUCAAACUAUUCUAACCAAACGUUUAGGACAUAUUGGUACGAUUGUUUAUAAAUUAUUGAUUACUCAUUUUUUAACACAUAUGAUUUACACAAGACAAACUUCAGCUGAUUCUGUUCUAUCCAUUGAUCUAUUAGUUUAUUGUCUUCGAAAAAUUCUUCGUCGAUUAAAUAAAAUCGAAACUUUGAGUUAUAUGGAAAUUUGGGUUACAUCAUGGUCAGAGAAAUGGAUGAGUCAACCGGCAUCAUGUCGAAAAGAAACAGAACAUUUUCAAAUGUUAUUAAGAUUCUUCGAAGAUUAUCAGAAUCGUGCACUAAUGCAUUAUUGUCCGGAACAAUGUCCAACAGAUCCGAUCGGUUAUAGUCGAUUUCUUCUGACAUCAUUAACAAUAAUUCGUGCUAUGCACCAAAAGUUAUGUCAAGAUAAGAAACUUAAACGAUUACAAUUUCAUUGCAUUGACAAUCCAAAUAUGAUGGAUCUUUUCGAAUUUUUGGUCUUACCGAAUCGUGAAGAUAUGAUGCGAGCUCGCAAUCUCUACGAGUAUUUCAACAAGUUUACACAUCAAUCAUAUCCUGAUCUUUUGACCAAUAUUGAGGAAGAAAAUAGUUUCGGUGUUUAUUUUGCAUCUCAAUCGACCAAGAUAAAUAAUUGUCUUCAAAAAAUCGAAGUCCAAGUUGAUAAAGACAAGACAGAGAAAAUUCAGGAAGUACGACGCGCCAAAGAUAGAUAUCAUCGGCUUAUGAAUUCAAUCAAUGGUUGUCAUUGUACGUGUUAUAGUGCACUUGAUUCUAGGCAAUGCCGUCGAUGUCGAAUUGAGCAACAAGCAGACAAUAUUGAAGUCAGCAUCUACGAAUGUCCAAUACCAUCUCGACGAGCCAGUGCUUUGGCUGUUAUGUUUGAAUUACGAAUGCCAACUGAAGUCAGAUGUUAUCGUGAUGUCCUUUGGCUAUUUAUCAAUCGAUCUCAACAUCGACCAGAUAGUCGCAUGUAUGAAUGGUUAAGAGUUCGUCCUCAUUCAUGCAUAUUCGAGCCAUUAUUUACGGGUCCAAGUGAUUGCAAAGUUAAAAAUGAAGGUACAAUCGAUGGUCAAUGGAAGAAACGAAACAAAGAUAUCUAUGAUGGUUGGUACGAUGGUCAAUAUGAAUCGACUUAUUUAUCGAUUGACUGUUUACGAGGCAUAUUUUUAGUGAAUGGGAUGAGUGUUGGUUAUUUACCGGAAAAAAUUAUCUCCAAUGAAUUAUACGUUCGUGUUUUUAAACAUUAUAUCUUUCAAGUACAAGUGAGUGACUCACCCAAUACGUAUAUUACCAAAUAUACUUAUCCUGAUGACGGUCGAGUUCGAUAUGAAUUUCAUUUUGAUGAUCAACUGAAUCGGUUAAUUGUUCAUGAACGACACAUCAAGACUAAUGAUAUAUUUGAACUGAUACCUUCGAAAUGUUUUGAAACUGAAUUACCAAUCACAUUUGCCUCCGAAUAUAGCCAUUGGAGAAACAUAAAAGACCAGACAAUCGAGUUUCGACCGAUUCAUUUUAAAGAUCCGGAUUUUUUCAAUUACAAACCAUAUGUGUUAAAUAUCGAAACAGGCUAUCUAACGGCUACCAAUAUUAUGAAAACACAAAUAUUAGUUAAUCAAUCGUCGUCACUCUUCCAGAAUUGGUUUACACGGUAUUUCAGUCGUCUCGAUGAAAAGCCCUAUGUGUAUAUGAUGAGAGAUGCUGCAUCAACCGUUAUUCAUAUUCAUCUUUCACGCUUAGCCAUUGCUUUCAAAUACGAUGUAAGCAACCAUUGUUUUACUUCACGUGAAUACUCGAAUAUGUGUAUUGAUGAAGAUCAAUGGUUAGGAACACUGACAGGUUUGAAAUUUGGUCUACUUCUAUCGUCAACGAAAGGAUUCAAUCAUACUCGAAAAUUGAUCGUUCCUUUCGGGCAUGUCGAUGUAAGACAAAGAUCAUCUACUGACCAUCAGAUUGUCACUAUUCAACGAAAGUCAUCAAUGCCAUAUGCUUAUCAAUAUUUUGUUUUUAUUAUGAACGAUCGAUUGCGUAUUAUUCAAUCAACGGAUAGUCCUACUGGGUGGUUGUAUCUGGCAUUACUUCAUGCUCUGACAUCGCAUCCUCUACCUGAUCAAUAUACAGGUAUGACUGGAAUGGAACGUGCUUUUCAAUUGCUCAAUUCCGCUGGUUGCUGGACUGAUCAACCGUUCGAUGCACUUUCUUUACAUAUUCUUCGUCAAAUUGCUGUCAUUUCACCUAGUGCGAAUUAUUCUCGACAAUAUUGUACUUGCAUGCAAACGAUUAAUUGGAAGUAUCACAGUAUCCCGUAUUCAUUACAACAUUGUGGCUAUUAUCUGAUAGCAAAAAAACUCAUCGACGCUAGUGAAAAAUUCAAUUUCAUGCAUCUAUCACCACAUUCGAAAGAGAUGUUAAAACUAGCCGAUGAGAAUGAAUAUGAUGAACAAUUAUUGACAAAACUAUAUUGGGACUAUCAUCAUUCAUACAACCCGAUUGCUCGAUUAUCCACCGAAAUGGAAGAAGAACUACUGGAUAAAACAACGGAAGCACCAUAUCAUCAGACUUACGGAUAUGAUUCGUCGGUUGCAAGCCAUGAACAGGAUCAUCAUGUUAAUGAUAUGUAUCGUAGUGGAGAUGUGCGUCUUAAGGACAUUUCAGAAAUUCGUUGCUUCCCAUUGUCUCAAUGGCUUACUGAUGAAUACAGACUGAACAUUGUUUGGAUUGGUUUGUUAAAACUAGCUGAUUCGAUCAAGACAGCUGCAAGUAGUCAUGGCAAAGAAGAACUCGAACGAUUUCAACUGCUAUUAGACUUUCUUCAUUAUAUAUCUGGCAAACAUGCAAUUCGAUCAAUUUAUUUGCAAAUGUUAAAUACUGUCUUGCAAGGACCUUCUCUAUCACUGAAAUCAGUCACAUUUCCCCCAUUUACUCAAUAUCAUAACAUUCAACAAAUUUCAGUGAUCAUGAAUGCGAUUGAUUUCAACUGGCACCAUUCAGCAAGUGAACGUAGAACAAUUAUGGAAGAACUGAAACAUUGUUUAGAGACAGGUCAUACCUACAAAGAUCAUUGUCGUCUGGCAACUUCCGAAGAGAAACAUCAAAUAAAAUUUUUUUUGAAAUCUUGGCAAUUGAAUCGAAAACUUCAGACAUUUCUAACCACCAUUCAAAACCUAAUCUGCUCUUUUGAUCUUAUUCCAUGGAACACUCGAGUACCUGUUUAUCCUCAAAAGUUUUUACAGAAAGUAAUCGAAGAUCAUCAUCAAAUAGAAGUUAAAUCAACGGAGAAAAAACUCGAUUCACAACUACUUCUUAAUGCUCAGCAAAAAUAUUUUUAUCCAAAUUCGAACUCUUUUAUUAAGUCAACAUUCAUUCUUCAAAAUCUUAGUCUACAAAAACAGUUUCCAGCCGAUAUUUUCUCUUCUAUCGACGAUCAACAUAAUCAUCUCAGUGAAAUCGGCAAUUAUUUUAAGAAUCACUUAGCGGAAAGUUGGAAACGACUACAAUCUAUUGAAACUUACCACAGAGAAUAUUCUUCCCAGAAAGAAAUCACCGAAGUUCUUCAAUCUUUUCAACAAGAAUCAACUCAGUUUUGGAAAGAAUUAAUUAAAUCCAUCACUACUGCCAAUGAACAAUUAUUCCAAAUAGGUUUGGUACCAAGAACGACUCCAGCCAUUCUCAUAUCUCUGUUUCAACAGAUCUGGUUCAAUGAAGAAUAUCAAAAACCUGUUAAGUCUCUCUUAACCAAAGAUCAAUGUACACUUCUUGGGGGACUUAUAGUCAAUUGGAUUGUGGAACAACAACUCGAGAGAGCUUUACAUUUUGCUUAUCACAAUGAACGAGAAGGAUUCGAAAAAGAACUAUUGAAUACCCCACAUAUCAAUUGGACACCAUCGAAACAUUUGCCAUGGUUAAUCUUCGAACUAGAAAUGAACAUAACAAUUCGUGCAGUUCAAGUGGAUGUUGCUCGUCACAUGAUGCGACUCUCACCCGACGAUGCUCAAGUAAGAAAUAUCGUUAUGCAAAUGAAUAUGGGUGAAGGAAAAACGUCCGUCAUUAUACCCAUGUUAGCACUUAGCUUAUGUUCACCUUUAUCAAGUUUGGUUCGUGUCAUAGUUUUGAAAUCAUUAUUUUACAUGAAUUAUCAAUCGUUAAGAUUUAAAUUAGGAGGUUUAUUGAAUCGACGUAUUUUUUCAUUGGUUUGUCGUCGUGAUAUGGAUUUUAACAAAGUUCAAAUGAAUCAAAUUUUCGAUCGACUUCAACAAGGAUUACGUCGUUGUGAUAUCAUAUUAGUUUCACCCGAAGCCAUUCUUUCGUUCGAUUUGUUAACGAUCGAUAAAUGUCGACGACAUGAAUUUGACACGGCUCGUUCGAUGUUAAUGGUACAACGAUGGUUAAAAACAUUUGUUCGAGAUGUUUUAGAUGAAUCCGAUGAAAUUUUACAUUGUAAAUAUCAAUUAAUUUAUACAGUUGGUGCUCAACAACAAGUAGACGGAGGUGUGGAACGCUGGAAAUUUAUUCAGUUGAUUUUAAACUUAGUUAAAAAAUUUGCUGCGGAUAUAGUACAAACUGAUUCUGAUGAUAUUUGCUAUAAACCAUCGAAACGUAAAAGUGCUUUUCCGGAAUUUCGGUUAUUAUCAGAUCUGCCAUUUCCUAAAUUAUCUGCAACAAUUGCCAAUGAUUGGCUUAAUCAGAAAUCAUAUCGACAAAUGGAUAAACAGUGUAUUUUAUCGUUUAUUUUCAAUAUGAAAACCUCAAUUGAUGUUUUCGGCGAUCGAUUCUCAUCGAAUGAUAUUCAAUCGUUUCUUAUUCUUCGCGGUUUACUAUCUGCCGAAGUCUUAUUGGUUGCUUUGAAAAAACGGUAUCGAGUUCAAUAUGGUGUCAAUCUCCAUUCGAGUUUUAACCGAUUGAUGGCUGUACCAUUUCGAGCUAAGGACGUUCCUGCCGAAAGAACCGAAUUCGGUCAUCCAGAUAUUGCACUUCUCCUAACACAACUUUCGUACUACUACAGUGGUCUGAAUGAUUCGCAAAUACUUCAAUGCUUCAAUCGUUUAAAUGAAGAAGAACGAGACCCAGGAUCGAUCUAUGCUGAAUGGAUUUCACAGGAAGAUGAAAAUGAUGUUUCUCAAAGUAUCACACAAUGGAAAGGAAUCAAUCGGAAAGACGGUCAGCAAGAAUUUCGUCAAAUUUGCCUCAUUCUACGCUACAAUAUGUUAGUGAUCAAUUAUUUCUUGAACCACUUUGUCUUUCCUCGAGAAGCGAAACAAUUUCCUCAUAAAUUGGUUUCCUCAGCUUGGGAUUUAUCUUCAGCCGUACGAACAAAUAUUGUUACCGGAUUCAGUGGUACAAAUGAUACACAAUUGCUAUUACCCUUGCAUAUUCAUCAAUGUGAUUUAUAUCAGUUGCAACAAACUGAUGCCAUUGUCGUUAAUAAUUUAUUACAACCGGAAAAUGAAGAUUAUCAACAUUUAUCGGUCAAUGCGAUCUCAGAGACGAUAUUAUCUGAAAUCGUCAAUUAUGAACCAACAAUCAACGUCAUUCUCGAUGUGGGUGCUCUAUUUAUCGAUGGUACAAAUCGUAGCAUUGCAAUCCAUUGGUUGAAACUAUCGGAUAAAGCUAAGAUUGAUUAUGCGAUUUAUUUCGAAUCCAAUUGUAUCGUUGUUUGUGAUCGACAAUUUCAUCAUCAUUCAUUUCUAACAUCACCUGCAAGCGAACGACUUGAUCGUUGUGUUAUUUAUUUAGAUGAAGUGCAUACACGAGGAACUGAUUUCAAGUUUCCAAGUGGGUUCAAAGCUGCAGUUACCUUAGGAAAUGGUUUAACCAAGGAUCGUUUUGUGCAAGCGUGUAUGAGAAUGCGUAAACUAGGAGAAGGCCAUUCAUUGUCAUUUUGGAGUUCAGAUGAAGUACAUCGACAAAUUAUGUUGUUGAAGACAAAUUUAUUACAGUACAAACACAAUGAUUCUUGUCAGGUCAAAGAUAUUCUGCGUUGGGUAUAUGAGAAUACACAACUAGCUACUUGGGAUGGAUUGCAUCACUGGGCAGUACAAAGUCUUAGUUAUCAACGGAAAGUCAACGCCUUUCGAAACAUUCAGUGGACUGAUCAUCAGCAAAUUUAUACAGAUCAAAUGAUGGAAGAGUUAGCGGAGAAAUGUUUAGAACCGGAAAUUCUUGAAUUGAAACAAAUGUAUGGUGCACCUAGAGUAUUACAAACCAUAUCAGAGAUUUACACAAUUCGCUAUCAACAUUCGAUUAUUCAUGACUCAGAAGAGCUUCAUCAUGCUGUAUUACAACGAAUAUAUACGUAUGGUGGAUCGAAACAACGUCUGUCGCAAUUUUUGGAUGAAGAGCAACAAAGAGAAUUAGAACAAGAGUUAGAACAAGAACGAGAACAAGAACACGAACAAAAGAGUUCUCGACCUGUUCGUCCAUGCGAACCUAUACUUCACGAAGAAAUCAAAAGGCUAUGUAAUCCAGAGGAUUCCAUGCUGGACUUGGCCGAAUUACCUUUGGUAUUUUGUCCCUUAGCAUAUGCUUUCAUCGAUUCAACAUUCUUUGAAGUAUGUCAACCUAAUAAUUGGCAACCAAAUUUUUGGAUUUCGACAGAAUUUCAACGAGUAAUUGAAAAUAAAGAAGAAUCAUUAGAUCUAUUUUUACGUCCUCCACGUUGGAUAGUAGUCUAUCGAAAUGAGCAUAUUAUUUUUGUCAACGCUUUUGAAGCCAAUUGGUUAAUGGGACAAUUGCACCAUCUUUAUCACCAGGAAGAAUUGCACGUACCCUCAAUCACUACAUUACGCUUAUUACUACCACGUCUUAAGCGAAAUCAAUCAAUCUUCGCCCAUACACCAGCUCUGACGAUUCCUCAUGAUGCUAUCGAUUUCGUUUUACCCGUGGAUUGGUUGGCUCAAUUAUUCGUCUUCAAUGGUACUAUUUAUUUCGAAACUGUUGAGGAAGAAACAGCCUAUUGUCAAUGUUUAGCUUUGUGUCUCAAACCUCGAACGACAAUCGAAGAAGAUGCCUUUGAAAACGGUUUGAUUGCACUUGAUGGAUUUGUUCAAGAGCCGGAACAUCGUUGCCAUUUACAGAUUGAUCGAGCUCGAUUCAAUUCUAACCCUUUAGCAUUCGUCAAAGAACUCCUUAAAAAUCGAAACAAUACGUAUGCAUCUGUAACUUCACAUAUUGGAAAUAUUAUUUACAAUUCUUUCAAAUCUCUCACGCCUGAACAAGGCUAA